AUGCUAUCCCUCGCACGAACAGCCGCACGGACAGCGGCACUCGCCAGGCGCAACCCGCCCUCGCAACUACAGUCGGUCCGCAACGGCGGCGGAGGACACGGGCCACGGGGGCAGGAGCCUUCGGGAUACUUUCUCGGUAGACCUGGCGGCCAAAAGCACACGUGGUACUGGUGGGAGCCAAUGUGGUACUUUGGAUACUAUGGAGCAUUCGCGACCUUUUUUGUGUUCCAGAUCUAUUCUCCGAAAGUCAGCGUAACAGACGCAGCAAAACUCGAAGCCCACCGCCGGAUGGCCGCACGCGGCGAGACGUUCGGAUGGCCGUUCCCGGCUGACUACUCGCUAGUGAAGAACGACAAGUAG